UUUAUCCUAUCUCCUCUUAGUCUCAUUUUUCCAACCUAAGCAUACCCAGCUCCCUUAACCACUCCUCAUAACUGUUCCUUGAUAAUAUUGGUCGCCAUCCUCUGCACAUGUUCCAGCUUGUCAAUAUCUUUUUAAAAUUGUUUUGCCCAGAAAUAAACAUAGUAUGCCAGAUGCGGUCUGACCAAGGCAGAAUAGAGCAGUACUUUUACUUCUCUUGAUUAGGACACUAUACUUCUGUUGACCUGGAAUACAAUAUUUCUUGAACUGAUGGUUGUGUUGUGCAAGUCCUAAAAAUGUGUUCAUUGUGUUUUUACUCCAUGGGUCACCAAACAAUUCCCCCAAAUUUCUUUAUAGAGGGCCCUUCUGCAGUGCUUUACAAUCUUUGUGAGCAGCACUUCCUGUACACUGAUGGCUUCCAAACAGAAGUGGCUUCUCACCGUCAUUUUCAAGAGCAGCUGAAGUUAUGAAACUAUAGAAAGCACAGAGUGCUUCACCUGUUUAGUUGUGAGAGUUCAGAGCCAGAAGGCAGAGAGACAGAGUACAAACUAGAGAGCAUGUGGCAGUUUAAAAGGGGAGGAAUGCUUAUUGCUCCAUGAAUUUAAGAAGGAAGAAUAAAUGAGCUUAAAUAAUUUUAUAUUUCAUAGAGCCCACUUUUACACUUUAGCCACAUCCACUUGCUUUCUCCAUGCCAACAUUUACACUUGCCCACUUUGAUAAAAAGUACCCAGAAGCUUAGCUAUGGGUCAAUGUAGUUCUUGUCCUGAAAAGUGUUAGCCACCUAUGCUUUAGAAAUUAAGUGUUAACUUUCCUAAAAAUGGAAAUCAAACACCUGAGAUAACCAUCCUCCUGUUUAACGAACAUCAUUUCGUUUGAAAAUGCCCUCCUCCCUCCUCUCCAACCACACACACACACACACACACACACACACACACCGUAUUGAGUAACUUACUGACAUCUACUGAAUGAAUAGAUCAGGGUUUGAUGACACAGUGAAUCACAACAAUAAAUUUUGCAUGGUUUGUGAUGUCACCCCAAGGCUUCAGGUUACACUCAAGUGGCCACAGAGGCCUGCAUCAAAUAUUUGUUUGGAAAGAGAGAGAGAGAGAGAGCGCAUGAAGUGUUUGAUUACUACUUAUUGAUCAGCAAUGGAAUCAUUCGUAAGAAGGUACCUUGAUAAGCAGAAGAGGAGGGCCAGCGUUAGUGACAUUUGCCCACCCCCACUGCUACCACUGACCAGGGAUGAUAUCAAGCCAGGGACAGAAAAUGACAGGCUUGGACUGGUGAGAGACACCAUGUUUCAGAACCACCUCAUUCUAAAACCAGAGCUAGGAAGGACCCUCAGAAGGUGUGCAAAGAUUCCUGGUUCAGAUUUUGUGUAUGGAUUAACUCUACGCGGGACCGACGGAGGAAUGCCUGAAGCAAUAGGGAACUGGCGGGUAAUGACACCCACUGUCACCAAAAAGAAGGAGAAGCCAAAGGACUACAUAGUCAUGAACUAUAGAGGAAUAAAAGCUGGUCUUUUCACAGCAAAGGAACACUACCUGUAUCGCCAACACCAUGAUGUGCGCCGCAAAGGAGCUGAUGGGGACAGGUUCCCAAGGGAUCCACCUCGUCUUCCUGAUGCCAUGACCUAUGGGAGGCCCUAUCGUCCUUCCACCCCCUUCAUAGAUGUCUUUCAACAUAAGUUUGGGGACCAAUGGGUGGAGGAGAACCGAAAAAACUGUGUAUAUGUUAAAGAAAACAAGCAUAAGAAAAGGCGAAAGAUAUAUGAUACACGGGCUGUCAUGCUGAGGAAAUAUCAAAUGCCAGUAAAGGAAGAUCCUCUGUGGAUCAUGCCACAAUUUCGGAAAAUUGCUCCCCAUCUUAACACCUUUCCAAGUCUAGAGGAUCGAGUGAAGGCUUUCAAAGCCAAGGAAAUGGAAGCUCCAGUUCGACAUGGCCAGCUAGCUCAGGGCAUUUAUACACAUUUGUAGGAUUCAGCUUUUAUCAACAUGCAACCUCUUUGUAUGUCUCAAAAGUAACACUUGCUAUGUUAUGAUUUAAAAAAGAAAGGUUGUGAUUUGUUCUUGCUACUGACAAUACAGUAUUAAAAUGAAGUUUCCAGCAAGAAGUUGCAAUUGGUUCUCUUGUAACAGAACAUACUCACUGCCAGUGAGAAAGAUGGAAUACAUGGCUGCCACUGUGCCACCAAAGAACCACAUCACAACCUGUGGAAUCUGCAUGCUGCCACAAUUUAACACAGUGCAAUAGCCCACCUGCUACAUUAGCAGCGGUUGGCUUCAGUAAAUAAAAGUGUGGCAGUGUUAUGCAAAACUGUUAACUAUAGAAGAGGUCAGAGAAGGGCAGAGCAGAGACAGGACUGGGGAUAAAUUGUUUAAACAUCACAGUACCCUCUAUUUUCAUGCAAAACUGCAUUCUUAAUAAAUGGGAGUAACCAGGCAUAUGAUUCUAUGAUUGCAGCCGACAUCCAGCACUGUCAGGUAUAUAGCUCUACUGGCACAAAGAAAACCGCUGUAAAGAAUUGUAACGGCACACAUCUUGGGAAUUAGUGUUUCUGACUGAUAUAAAUCCAAUAUUGCAAUUCUUCAAAACAGGUUCUUAAUAUAUAAUAAUCAAUUUAUAGGUACACAAAUAAUGAUACUUUUGCCACAUAUCUAUGCCUCCUGAUGUAAAUUAUGUCCCCCAGUUUUGUCACAGCAUUUAUUGUGAUUUACUGCAUCAGAAGGUUUAUUUCCUUUAUAUAAAUGAAGCUGUGGUGUUUGCUUUCUCUCCUCCCACCCAGAGCUACCUACUUGCACACAUCUCCAAACCACAUAUAAAUAAUAAUAGGCACAUUAAAACAAAAGAGAGAAAACAUGUUUAAGGCUAAAGUACAUGUGACAUUAUACUCUACCGGUAUUUCUUUUUUAAAAAAUGCUUACAUUUGUUACUUUUUAAAAGAAAAAGGCAGUUACAGGGCUGCAAUCUGAAACAUGUUUCCAUUCCAGAAUGAGUUCUUAAAAGGCCAAUGGCAGCCAGGCAGGCGGGAUUUCCAGCAAGAAAGAGGUUUGGGACCCUGAACUAAUAAUUCCAUGUUAGUGGAACAUCCGGUCGAUUGCAGAAACUCACCUGACUUUCCCUGCCAUAAUAUCACUAACCAGACAGACCUCUCCAUCUUUCUUAUCAACAUUGGCAGCAUUUCUAGGACAGCACUAUAAUGCUCAGGUCAAAUGGGUCUUAGCACAACUGUGAAGCAGAGCUCAUGCUUUGUAUGCAAAAGUUAUUGCCCAGGUUCAGUAACUGGCAUCUCCUGUCAAAAACCCUGGAGAAUCACCACCAGUCAGUGUUGACAAUACUGAUCUUGAUGAACCAAUCGUCUGGCUCAAUAUAAGGCAGCUUCACAUGUCCCUAUGUUGUCACUGCCAGCAGCCACUGGUAGCAAUCUGAAGGGCAGGGGGGGCACCAGAAAAAUGUGAGGGGACCAUACCCCCUAUUUUUUACCUGAACCUAUAACAACGGCCUACCCUGUUCUCACAGUGACCUAACAGGAGGUACUUGGGAGAAGUUAUUGCCUGACGCCUAUUCCCUUAUCCCCAUGUAAGAGAAAAAUGAAGCACACCUAUCUAUCAUUCAGCUUGAUCCCAAGGCAAGGAGCUGCAGCCAAGAAUUUGUAGUCUAUGCAUUCAACAAUUCUCGCAUGUGGCCUCCCACUUUGGACACAUAGAAUCAUAGAGUUGUAGACUUGGAAGGGACCCCAAGGGCAAUCUGGUCCAAUCCCUUGCAAUGCAGG